ACAUUACACAUUAAGAUGUGUAAAAUUCUUCUGACAUCUAUAAACAUUAUUUUUUCUUCAAUAUAUUUAUUAUCGAUUAUAAACGUUAAAAUAUCAGACGUAUCUAUAUAGGUAGUAAUUAAAGGUUAAAUCCAAAACCGCUGCCCGCUCCCUAGAUUGAUACGCACUACGUGCCCUUUAAAACAAGGCGCACUUACAGCCUAUCUAGGGAACCUCGUCUCUUCUCAGGAGCCGUUUGAGACGCGACCGAAGAAUCUUCCCGUUGACCACUACAUAGCCGGAAACAUGAAGAAAACCAAUGUCAACCCGAUCCUCAUCGUCUUACUACUUAGUCUUUUAAUUCCUGGAAAUACCAAAAGUGGCAGUUUGGCUUUUAAUGAUAAGCCUCAGCUCGUUCUUCCAGAGUCCUACAAUAUUGGCUGGAUGAAGGAGCUGGAUGGUGACACUCUCCUGUCUGAUAUCACCAUUCCUGGAACACAUGAUACCAUGGCACUUCACGGAGGACCAGCGGCUGAGUGCCAGGCCUGGAUCCUGGAGGACCAGCUGAAGGCAGGGAUCCGCUACCUGGACCUCCGUGUGUACGCUUACGAAGACACCCUGUACCUCAUGCACGGGAUCGUCUAUGAACACUCUACAUUCAUCAAGGCUCUCACCACACUCAAGGCCUUCCUGUCGGAGUUCCCAAGUGAGACGGUUCUCGUCCGACUUAAACCAGAUUUGUUUGAUAAAAGUAAAGUACAGGAAUUGUUUGAAAAGCUGAUCGAGGGUGACAGCAAUGUCUGGGUGAAGUCUACAAUACCACGACUGGAUGAAGUAAGAGGAAAGAUCGUGUUUAUACAGGAAGGCAGCUUUUUGCUCGGACUGCCGCUGAAGGAAACCGACAAGAAAGGGGACUACAAGGUCACUCACAUUGAGGACAAGGAAAAAAUAACCCUUCAGAACCUCAAAUUAGCCAUGAAGGAGUGUGGAGGAAAUUCUGUCGUCCUCACCUAUUCCAGUGGCACGGGCAUCGGCACGUUUGAAGGCAUGUUUUUAACCCCCAAAAAAGUGGCAGAGAAGAUCGACCCAUGGCUGUACGAUUACCUACAAAUGCUGCUUGCUGAAGGAUCCGCGCUGUGUUUCGGGGUCAUAGCCAUGGACUUUCCAGGCUUUGACCUCAUACAAACGGUCAUCAAGUUUAAUAACUAGCUUCGCAGGUUUGCUUGAAAUUUUAAUGAAAAUUAAUGGUUUGCGUAUUUACAAAUAAAGGUUCAAUCAUCCAUUGAUCUCUUUUUCAAAUAAAUCUGUUAAUCCUGUCUUACCUUA